AUGGCACGUGUGCGGCCUGUGAAGCCCGGUCUCGUCAGCCGACAGGUUUCGGCGACAUUGUCAGAAGCAAGCACAAAGAUUCUGUCAAGGAGCAACAGCUUGGGGGAUGUGCAGGGAUGUCUGGACGCCGAGUCACGCACGUCAACGCCUCUGAUGCACGGUAUGUGGACGCACGUGGAAGGACAAGGGCGCAACCUGAUUGCCGAGGCAGCCAAGCGGGUGGACCCGCAGACGCCUUAUCUGGAGGAUGAGGAGUGCUGGGCUGUUUGGAGGCAAAUGAAGGAAGAGAUGGUUUCAAAGUUUCGUCCGCAACGUUUCGCGAGUCCGGAAAGCUCGGCCAGCUCAGUGAAGUCCACGUCUCUGGGUCCGAUCACAGAGGCCGAGUUGUCCGUGGGCUCUUGGACACACCCCAGCAAUGCCAGCUCUGUGCGUCCAAGUUUUUGUGUGGAUGCAGACAGCAGCGACGAAGAGGAUGGGGUGGAGCUGGAUAUUAUCGUCGGACCAACGAAGAUGGCUGCGCACGGAUCGAUGCUUUCAGCCUUGAGAAUUCCCGCUGGUCCCGGGCAGCCGGCAGCGCCCAUCAAGAGCCAUCAGAAAUGCCUUGCUGUCAGCGAUGCGUUGCGACUGAAGGCGGCUCGUCAAUCAGCACCGCUGUCGUUCGGCUCAAUCACGCAUCUGAUGACAAGGCAGCCACUGCAGAAGUGCCGGCCUUGUAUGUUUGAACAGCGCCCUGGGCGUUGCAGAAAGUCCUUUCUCUGUGACUUCUGCCACCUCGGCCAUCCCAGUCGCCAGAAGGUGAAGCCAUCCCAGGUCAAAGGCGUGUGGAGACUAUGA